AUGUCGAGCAAAAAAAGGAAGUCGUCGGACGAAUACGUGCAGUAUGGAUUCACGUGUAUAACGGAACGUGAUGGGAGUCAGCGUCCUCAAUGCAUGAUUUGCAAUGCCAAGUUGAGCAAUUCUAGUCUGGCACCGGCAAAACUAAGGGAACACUUCCUAAAGCUGCAUGGAGAUGGGAAAUACAUGAACACAACGCUUGCUGAAUUCAAGGUGAAGAGAGCCAGAUUCGAUGAAAAGGCUACUCUGCCUGUUUUCGGCUUUGUACCCAUAGACAAACCGGUCUUAACAGCAUCAUACAAAGUUGCGUACCUGAUUGCAAAGCAGGGCAAACCACACACCAUUGGUGAAACACUCAUAAAACCAGCUGCGUUGAAGAUGGCGAAUAUCAUGCUGGGAAAAGCUGCUGAAAAUAAGUUGUCCCAAAUUCCUCUUUCAAAUGACACCAUCAGCAGCAGAAUAGAUGACAUGAGCAAUGACAUAUUGGCUCAAGUAGUUGCAGAUCUGAUUUCAAGCCCAGCAAAAUUCAGCCUCCAACUAGACGAGACCACCGAUGUUUCCAGUCUAUGCCAGAUUGCUGUGUUUGUGCGCUAUGUGAAAGACGACAUGAUAAAGGAAGACUUUUUAUUUUGUAGGCCUCUCACAACAACAACUAAAGCAGCUGACGUGAAGAAACUUGUGGAUGACUUCUUCAGAGACAACAAUCUUCAUGGGAUAUGGUUUUUGCAGCAUGCAUUGGCAACAAAAACCUUGCCUCCAAAACUCGCAGAAGUAUUAAAAAUUGUAGUGGAAUGUGUGAACUAUGUGCGAAAUAGUGCUCUGAAGCACCACAUCUUCAAAGAACUGUGUAAUGAAAUGGGCUCUGAAUUCGAAGUGCUUCUGUACCAUUCAAACAUUCGCUGGUUAUCCCGGGGAAAGGUGCUGAACUGUGUUUUUGCCAUGCGUGUGGAAUUUGCCCUGUUUUUGCGAGAGCACAAACACUGUCAUGCAGAUUACUUUGAAAAUUCUGAGUUCAUUCUCAUUUUGGCGUACAUGGCCGAUAUCUUCGAUGCUCUCAAUCAUCUCAAUCAACAGAUGCAGGGCGGUGGAGUCAACAUCAUCGAAGCGGAAGAAAAUUUGAAGGCUUUUCAAAAAAAGCUACCAUUAUGGAAACGACGAACAGAGAAUGAUAACUUUGCAAACUUUCCCCUGCUGGAUGACUGUGUAAGUAAGAUCGAAGACGUGUCCGGUAUCGGAGACAUUUCUGUACCCAGGGAACUGAAGCAAGCAAUUGCCAUGCACUUAGAUGAGCUCGCAAAGUCUCUCGACGGGUACUUCCCCACCAGAGAGUCAUAUCAUAAGGCACUAGAGGCUGUGACACACAGCCUGCACGGCCCCAACAAACCUCCAAGACGAAGACGCUACCCAGCAGCUAAUGGCAGUGUCUCUGGACUUAGUACAGAGUUUGCUGUCUUCAAGAACCAGCAGCACACAGUAUGCAGUGGGACCUCCACUGUGGCCCCAACCCUAUCCCCAGCCAGCGGUGCUCAACAGGGCCAAGGAGAGAGUGCCGUGUGUCAGCAUAGCCUGUGCAACCCACCCAAGAAAAAGGACAAUGCUGCAGGGCAAUGUGCAACUGCUGCUGCACCCACACCGAGGAUAGAUACCCCCGACAAGCCAGUCAAGGGAGCCACACGACAACCCUGGAGCCCCUAA